AUCAAAAGUGGUUUAAUUCGGGUUACCUUCCCAUCUUUUAAAUUUGAAACUGCAGCUGCAAAGUUUUAGAUAUUAAUGGGAUUCUAGAUGUGCAAGUAAAUAAUCAGGAAGAUGGCGUUUUCUGUUCAUGCGCAUGAGUGUAAGUAGUAGUAACUUGAGCAUGUAUGCAUGUGAAGAGACUUGCUUGGUAUCUAACAUGUGCAACUAUGCAGUCACAGCACAGAGGUUUUUCCAGCUAGAAUGCUGUCCUGUGCAUUUAAUAAAUGUAAAUGUUCUGCGCAUGUCUAUUGAUAGUGAGGACUAUGGUGCAGUAUGAGAAUGCAAAAAGGAAUAAUAAGGUUCUAGAAUUUAGAGGUCAUCGGUCCUGUGAUGAGUAGAAAGCCUGCUGACAAUAAAAUCCUCUUGGACUGGGUUGGGUAUCUAACUGCAGAGAGAUGAUCGAUAAGCAGGUAACAGUGGCAGAUGACAUCAAGAUGCUCUCACCUGACAGGUGUGCUCACAUCCAUGGAUCUACUGGCCAUGCUGCCACAGCAGCUUCUUCAUCUUCAGGCCAUUCUGCCACAACAUCCUCCUCCACCACCACUUCCUCCUCCACCUCAUCGUCAUCAUCAUCAUCAUCAUCCUCAUCAUCAUCAUCAUCUUCAUCAUCAGCUAAUCCUCAAACACCCACAUCAACUACUCUGGAAAUGGCUGACAUGCAAACUGCUGGCGAAAGUGGAGGAGUACAAUUGGCCACGACUGUAGCUGGAGACACAGCUCUACUAACGACUGACUUUAAGAAAAAAUAUGAUAGUGUUGUUGCAGUCCUCCAUAGGCCGAUGACAAACCCAAAAAGUAGUAGCACGGGUAACACUACCAGGUUAUGUCAGGUGUGUGAUGACAAUGCUUCAGGAUUUCAUUAUGGUGUAUGGUCUUGUGAAGGUUGUAAAGCUUUCUUUAAACGAAGUAUUCAAGGUCCAGUUGAUUAUGUGUGUCCUGCCACCAACAGCUGUACAAUUGAUAAACAUCGACGUAAGAGUUGCCAAGCUUGUCGCUUACGCAAAUGUUAUGAAGUGGGCAUGAAUAAAGGUAGCCAAAGGAAGGAGAGAAAAAACAGUUCCAACCAAACUAAAGUAAAACGAAGCAGUGCCGACUUCUCAGAUUCAACAGUGAAUUCAACCAGUGGAAACCAACCAGCAAAGAGUCAGCGUUUAUCAAAGUCUUCCUCUUUGGUUGAAGAACUCUCCAAGAAUGAUUUUGCCGUCCCUGAAUGCAAGCUGAAUCCCAGUAUUCCUCUGACCAAAAAUUAUAUUUUACAGCUUCUGAUCCAGGUUGCAGAUAAAGAUUUAGUUCAGUUGAUAAACUGGGCCAAACACAUACCUGGUUAUGCUGAUUUAUCUUUGUCUGACCAAGUACAUCUUAUAGAAUGCUGUUGGAUGGAGUUAGUGUUACUUAACUGUGCAUAUCGUUCCAUGGAAUAUGAGGGGAAACGGCUUGCCUUUGCCUCAAAUCUAAUCUUAGAAAAGCACCACUGGGAGAUUCUAGGAAUGACCCAGAUCUUGGAACAAGUAGCAGCUGUCAGUGAGCAACUCUUACAGUUUGGUAUUAAUCGAGAAGAAUUGUUAUUACUUGAAGCUACUAUCUUAGUAAAUGCAGAGGUGCGACGAUUGGCUGGUUUUAGUAAAAUUGAUGACAUCCGGCAAAUCAUUUUAAAUGCAUUGAUUGACACUGCCCAGAAGUAUCACCCAGAUAACCCGCGGCAUGUUCCGUCCGCCCUACUGCUGCUCAGUCAUGUACGUCAAGCCUCUGAUCGUAGCAUCAUUUACCUACAGAAACAGAAAGACGAAGGUCAUGUGACAUUUUGCGAACUGAUAACUGAGAUGCUAGAAGCACAGAACAGUUCUAACGAUAUUGUAGCACCGAGAGCGGAUGUGAUUGGGAUGGGCACCUGAGGAGGAGGAGGAGUGUUGCUACUAAACAAUCUAGGAAUGUGUGUUUGUGUGUGUGUGUGUUUAUGUGUGUGUAUAU